UCCAAACAGCAACCCCGAACCGAGCUUGGUCGGGCUCACGGCCGAUUCCAACCGAGCUUGGUCGGGCUCACGGCCGAUUCCAACCGAGCUUGGUCGGGCUCACGGCCGAUUCCUAGGUCGAUGCUCGCUGUGCUCUCUGCAACCUCCCUUGCGCCCUCCCGCAGCCGCAGCGUGACCGUGAAAUCCUCGCCCUGGCCAGAGCGUCCGGGAGGAGGCCGGCUGCACAGCUGGCUCGCCGCAACCAUAGACGACGAGUCUGCUCAGGAUGUCGGGCACUGCGGCCUCGAGAUCCUUUCCUGUGGCCCUGACGGACUCCUCGGUGGCGGCGAGCGCUGGCCGUACAUCCGGCCUCGGGCCAUUCUCAGCGGCACGCUCACCGUCUCUCCCAAAUACCGACGGCAGGGAGUGGCACAGAGGCUCCUCACAGAGGCGGAGAGGAAGGCUCGCUGGCUAGGAGUGGACGAGAUGCUGCUCAUGGUGAACCAGAAGAACGCUGCCGCCCUCAAGCUGUACACUAAACUAGGCUACGCGCCAAAGCCCGUGCUGGCUGAGCAUGGAGGGCAGGUGUGCAUGUCGAAACAUCUCUACUAUCCCACCGUGCACAAUCAGCGAUCGAUGCUGCCCUUGCGACGCCUUGAGGUCACCGCCGCGUGAGCUCCUGCCGUCCUCCGCGGACACCAGUGCGUCUGAGCCCACUUGCGUGUGCUCUUGCACCCACUCGGCUUCGCAACACCCACACACGUAGAGAGGUAGAAGCCGAGCCAGUUGCGACCCACUAGGCUAAAAACAAACCUCGCUGUAGCUCACCUAGUCGCGCUCACCGCGCGCCGCGUUGUCUGAAAUAUUUCGCGAAUUCAAAA